GACUUGAUCCUUUUAAGCUUUCUGAAUUUCUGCUAAAGCGAACGAUCUUAUGAAGAAGACUGGAGUGUACUUCAUUUGGGCGGUCUUCUUUGCGUCUUUGACGCUCAUUCAUGGCGCUUCAGUAUCGAAAGCCGGGGAUGCGAAGAACAAAUUUCGGCAACGCGAGGCCGUUGAAGAUGCCCUGGCUCAUCCCUUCAUGGAAGUGGAUUUACCAUUGAAUAAACGGUGCCCUCAACAACUGGACCUGAGAUGGCAAGCAGAAGUUAGCUCUAGCGUAUAUGCUACCCCUUUGAUCGCUGAUAUAAACAGUGAUGGAAGGCUAGAUAUAAUUGUUCCAACUUUUCUCCACUUCCUGGAAGUUCUAGAAGGCUCUGAUGGAGAUAAGAUGCCAGGGUGGCCUGCUUUUCAUCAGUCAACUGUACAUUCCACUCCUCUCCUAUAUGAUAUUGAUAAGGAUGGUGAGAGAGAAAUAGCUUUGGCUACCUACGAAGGGGAGGUUCUCUUUUUUAGGGUUACAGGCUACAUGAUGUCAGAGAAUAAAUUAGAGAUACCUCAAUUGAAAGUUAAAAAAGAUUGGUAUCUGGGUUUGCUUCCAGAUCCAGUUGACCAUUCUCAUCCAGAUGUUCAGAAUGACCUACUUAUACAGGAGGCUGUCAUGAAAUCAGUGCCUAGAAAAAACCGUAGCAUGGAAAAUGGAACAAACAGUAGAAGAUGGCUUCUUGAAGAUAAUGCUUCAAAAGGGUCAGAUGUUGGUGGUUCUGGAACCAAAGGCAAUAGCAACAGGGAUGUCCGUGCUGCAACUGCAGAGAAUGAUGGAGGCCUGGAGGUCGAUGCUGAUUCAUCUUUCGAGUUACUACGGCAUAGUGAUGAGCUGCCUGAUGAAUAUAGCAAUGAUUAUGAUGAUCAUGUCAAUGAAUUCAUGGAGGGAGAUGAGAAAUGGAUGGGAGGACAGCACGAAAAAUUGGAAAACUAUGUGAAUGUGGACUCACACAUCUUGUGCACUCCUGUAGUAGCAGACAUUGAUAAUGAUGGGGUAUCAGAGAUGGUGGUUGCUGUCUCCUACUUUUUUGAUCCCGAGUACUAUGAUAAUUCAGAGCAUUUGGAGGAACUUGGUGAUAUUGACAUCACAAAAUAUGUAGCAGGGGGUAUUGUUGUUUUUAAUCUUGACACACAGAAAAUUAAAUGGGCUGUACAGCUAGAUCUAAGUACGGAUGCUGGAAAGUUUCGUGCAUAUAUAAAUUCUUCCCCUAAUGUCAUUGAUUUGGAUGGUGAUGGGAACUUGGACAUUCUUGUUGGAACUUCCUUUGGCUUGUUCUAUGUCUUGGAUCAUAAAGGCAAGUUGAGGGAAAAUUUUCCACUUGAAAUGGGUGAAAUUCAAGGAACUGUAGUUGCAGCGGAUAUCAAUGAUGAUGGCAAGAUUGAAUUAGUUACUACUGAUACAAACGGAAAUGUGGCUGCAUGGACUGCACAAGGGAAAGAAAUAUGGGAAAGACAUCUUAAUAGUGUUAUUCCACAGGGUAGCAGCAUAGGUGAUGUGGACGGGGAUGGCCAUACUGACGUUGUAGUUCCAACACUUUCCGGAAAUAUAUAUGUUCUCAGUGGAACGGAUGGGUCAAAUGUUAGUCCAUUUCCAUAUAGAACUCAUGGGAGAGUGAUGAACCAAGUUCUCCUUGUAGAUCUGAGCAAACGCGGGGAGAAAAAGAAGGGUCUGCAUAUUGUUAGCACAUCAUUUGAUGGUUUUUUGUAUGUUAUUGAUGGAACCACAUCAUGUGCUGCUGUAGUGGAUAUUGCCGAAACUUCAUAUAGCAUGGUGUUGGCAGAUAAUGUUGAUGGUGGGGAUGAUCUUGAUCUUAUUGUCACCACAAUGAAUGGAAAUGUCUUCUGUUUCUCAACCUCAACUCCACAUCAUCCUCUCAAGGCCUGGAGAUCAAAAAACCAGGGAAGGAACAACGCCGCAAGUCGCUUUAAUCGUGAAGGGAUCUAUCUUUCUCAUUCAUCAAGAGCUUUCCGCGAUGAAGGCGGCAAGAGUUUCUGGGUUGAAAUCGAGAUUGUAGAUAGAUACAGGUUUGCAUCUGGGUCUCAAGCACCAUAUAAUGUCACAACAACCUUGCUAGUUCCUGGUAAUUACCAAGGAGAUCGAACGAUAAAGCAGAACCAAGUCUUUGACAACGCUGGAAGAUAUCGGAUUAAGCUCCCGACUGUGGGGUUGAGGACCACCGCGACAGUUGUAGUUGAGAUGGUGGACAAGAAUGGACUAUACUUCUCGGAUGAAUUCUCCCUCACAUUCCAUAGGUAUUACUACAGACCCAUGAAAUGGCUUCUUGUCCUCCCGAUGCUCGGGUGGUUUGGCGCGCUCCCCAUCAUUCGUCCAUAGGAGGCCGCGCCCUUGCCGCCACAUAUUCAUGAAACACUGACUUCUGACGAGCGGACUCAUAUGAAGAUGUGACUCAUUGGCGAAGCUCAGAGAUGCAUAGUUAGACCCUCCCAAUUGACACAUUUAUUCAAGGUUGUGCCUGGUGGGGAAGAUUUUGUGCUGUUUUGGGCUUUGUUCUCCCUCGACAUUUCCUGAUUGGAGCCUAUGAUGUAUAAAAACGCUUUGAGAUGUUUUGUUUCUCCAUUUUUAUUUCAGUGUAACCUAGUUUGGAGUUAUUAGAAUUGUGUAUAUAGAGUUAAUUAUAUCAAUAAUCACUUAACUUUGCAUUUUAUUA